AUGGAGCCGGAAUUCACAAUGAUUUCACACAUGGAACCAUCAGUUUUGCAAGAAAUUUAUAACGUUUGCGAUAUGGAUGAUGUUUGGUUAAAUAUAGCCCCUUAUAUGCCAGGAAUUGAGGUAAAAGAUGUGGAAACUUGUAAACGUUGGAGAAUGACCAGAAAUCGCUCACCAACUCAAUUAUUAUUUCGAAUAUGGUCUGCAAAAGGUUACACUUCGGAUCAUUUAUAUCAACUUUUUGCGAAAACCAAACUAGUCAGAUGUAUGCGAAUUAUUCAACCAUUUGUUCAUGAAAGAUUGCAUUAUCUAGAAGAACUUGUGCUAAAUCCACAGAAAGCUAUUGAUCUUCCAAAAGAGCCAGAAACACCAAAACCGAAGAAAAGGAAACUAAGAAAGGUUCGACUACGGCACAAACCAAUUAUAACAAAACCUGCGGAUAGCUGCGAACCUGGACCUUCAAGGCCUCGAAUCGUUGAGAAACGCGAAAAACCACCAAAAAUUGCAGAAAAUCCCUCUAGAAAUUCGAGCUUAACCUCAAAAGUAAUUCACCCAAAACCGACUGAAUCUUCAUUAUUGGCUUAUCGAAAUCAACGACCUCAAACACAAUCAAUUUUGGUUCCAAAAAUGCCCCCAAUUUCUCAACAACAAUCAAUAAAUUUAUCAGAAUUGACAGCGACAACAGCUUCAAAUUUAUCGUAAGUUUUUUAAAAUCGAAAAUGCAAUUUUCAUCCCAAAUGUUCGUUGCAGAAAUGAUGAAUUUCCAAUUCGUAUCGCAAUCGAAGGAACUCUUCCAGUUUCCUAUACAGAUAUCGAAAUUGCAACAAAUAUGUUUUCAACAGAAAAUAUAAUUGGAAAAGGUGGAUACGGUAUUGUCUACAGAGGUGAAUUACGAUCUGGUGGUACUGUAGCUGUUAAAAGAAUUACAACAUUAAGUAAUACAAAUAAUACGGGAACAAAAAGUUCGCAGGUCAAGAAAAUGGAAAAAGAAAGAAUGCGGCAAAGUUUGCAAGAAUUGAAGACAUUGGCUAGAUUCAGACAUGAUAAUAUUUUGCCGAUUUAUGCAUAUUGUUUAGAAGGUCCCGAACCUUGCUUAGUUUAUCAAUAUAUGGCAAAUGGAUCAUUAGAGGAUAGGUGAGAGAAAACCCUAUUUUUUUCCUCAAAAAUUAUUUUUUCCAGACUUCUUUGCCGUAAAAUGAGCAAUCCUCUAACUUGGACUCAAAAACUCGAAAUAUCAUUGGGAACUGCAAAAGGUCUACAUUAUCUUCAUACUUUUACAAAAACUCCAAUAAUUCACGGCGAUGUUAAAACUGCAAAUAUUCUUUUGGAUAAACAUUUGGAACCAAAAUUAGGAGAUUUCGGAUUAUCUCGAGAUGGACAAAUGGAAGCUGAAAUUGCUGAAAAAUCACCGCUCAUCGCAUCACAUAUUAAAGGAACAUUGGCUUAUUUACCACCGGAAUUUGUUACUUCGAAAAUAUUAUCAACGAAAUUGGAUGUUUAUAGUUUUGGAAUUGUUUUAGCUGAAAUUGCGACGGGUUUACGGGCUUAUUCGGAUACACGAGAUCCACGUGGACUUAUUGAUUUUUGUCAAAUGAGAAGAGAUAUUGUGGAGAAUUUGAAUAUUUUGAGAGAAUUGAUUGUUGACAAAAAAACACCGGCUCCAAUAAAUGGUAAGAAUUUCAGGAUUUGAUUGUGUUGUCUGAAAAUAUCUAAAUUCUUUUCAGACAUCGAAAAAGAUGCAUUUGCUAUAAUCAUCGAUUUGGGUCUAAAAUCAGCACAACGAGAUCGACUUCAAAGACCAAACAUGGAUAAAAUUGUUGAAAUUUUGCAAGCUGCCACGUGUUCAACACCAAAAAUUGAAACAUUAUCGAUAAAAUCUGAAAUUCGACCUGCUGAAAAUGUAUAA